GUUGGCUCACUACAAAACACAGACAAGGAGGAAAACGAAAAACAAACCACCCACCAGUAAAUGUGAUGGCUGGGGUUAGUAUAAAGGGAAAAAGACAGAUAGAGAGUUGUUGUGGAUACACGCAGGCUUUAACUGGAUCUUUACAAGAAACCGAACCCAACCUAUUUCUCAGUCCAUUUGUGCUCUAGUCUUGCCUCAUACCUGCUGGCUCUCAUUUAAAAGCUGGAGUUUUGUUCCAGAGCUUCAGAGCUGGGAUUUCCUCCCUCCAUCAAUCUGUGGUGCAAACACAGCAGCUGAGGCUUGUUAAGCUCUAACUAAAGCUAUCUGGCAUUCACCAGCCUGAUUCACUGCUCACUUAUAGAAAUGCUUUGGGAGGACAAAGCCAUUCUCUUCAGUAUUCUGCUGGUCUACAGCUCAUCACAGGUGCUGGCUUCAGGUCAUAAGCAAGAGGAUGUUCAGUGCGCUGAACUCAACAACACCAGAUGGCAGGUGUACCGACAGCAGAGGGUCAAACUGGAGGUCCAGUAUCUGCUGCUGACCAGGAAAAACCCUGACUGUGCAGAAAGGUUUCAUCAGAACUCUCUCAGCAAGCCCAUAUCAUUCUUUAACACUUCCCAUCCAACAAAGGUCAUCGUCCAUGGAUACAGGGCCCUGGGAAGAAAGCCAUCCUGGGUGAUGGACCUGGCUCAGGCCCUCCUCAGGGCCCAGGAUAUGAACAUUGUGGUGGUGGACUGGAUUCAUGGAGCCUCUUUCGCAUACAACCUGGUGGUGGAAAAUUACAAGGAGGUGGCCCUGCAGAUUUCUGUUCUCAUCAACCAGCUACAGAAACAUGGGUGUAAACUGGAAUCCUUCCACUUCAUCGGGGUCAGUCUCGGAGCACAUGUCGCUGGCUUUGUGGGGACUCUGUUCGAGGGAAAGAUAGGAAGAAUCACAGGCCUUGACCCUGCUGGUCCCAUGUUUAAAGGAGCGGACACCUAUGACCGGCUGGACCCCACUGACGCUCUGUUUGUGGAGGCCAUCCACACGGACUCUGAUUACUUUGGCAUCUCCAUUCCUGUCGGUCAUGUGGACUAUUUCCUGAACGGUGGGAUGGACCAGACUGGAUGUGCUCAUUCCAGAUUUGCCUCAAUUUUUGUGUUAUUUCCAGUGUACGGUUAUGUGAUUUGUGACCACAUGAGGGCGCUGCACGUCUACAUGAGCGCGCUGAACGGCACGUGCAAGCUGCUUGGUAUCCCAUGCUCCUCUUACGAUGACUUCCUGCAGGGAAGCUGCUUGGACUGUGAGGUGUUCAAGGGUAGAUGUCCAGCGAUAGGUUUAGAAGAAAAGAGUGGGAUCGCUACAUCACCUAUUCCAGAACAGCAGAAUGUAUUCCUCCUCACGACUUCCUCAUCCCCGUUUUGUGUUCAUCAUAUCCUGCUGAGACUGGAAGUUUCACCCUUGGAUAAGAGUGCAGAGAUGGAAGUGACGCUGGUGACUGGAAACAAGGGAACAGAGCACCGGUUCAGACUUCAGACUGAUACGACAGUGUACAGGAGGGUAUUGGCUCACCCUGCUGCCCUGUGCGAGAUCGAUUCCAUCAGACUGAAAAACACAGGAGCUCGCCUCUACAGACAGGGAGAAAUCCACGUCAAGUCUGUGUGUGUCUCAGAGAUCCCCUUUUUCAGGCAUGAGGAGCCGCUGUGUGUGAACAAUAUUGACAUCAGACGGGGAGUUCCCUGGUCGCACGACUUCGUGCAGGUGUGUUGGACUUUGUGACGGGCAAAGGACUCCAAGGACAGUGAAUAAAGCAGAGCGACGUCACAAUUAAACAUAAAUAUAUUACCGUGGAGACAGUUUUGCAUCGUUGUCAACUUGUUUCAUUAGAAAACUCAAAAAUGAGAGAGGAAUGUCACGAAGAGCCACAGAAGGAUAUUAAACUCCAUUCCUUAGAAAAUGAUAACUUGGAUACUUGAUCCAUCUGAUUUUCCAGCUCCAGUGUUUUUAUUGCUUCAUUUCAUAGAAAUAAUCUCGUUACCUUGUCUUUAAAUGUUACUUCCUUGGUGAGUUUUGUCUCAAAAAUGUUUACGAGAUGAAACUUACUAAUAAUUUUUCGUCUUAUUCUAAAAUUAACCUACAAUAAUAAACAGACCAUCACUGUU